AUGAACAUCUUGCCACACAAGAGUUGGCACGUUUAUAACCAAAAAAAUCGUGACCGUGUCCGAAAGGAUGAAGCAGAAGCAGAAGCGAAGAACAAGAGGAAGGCCGAAGAGACAUUAGCUGCAGAUAGAGAAUAUAAGCUAAAGGUGCUAAGGGAUCGAGCGAAGCGCCGGGUGCUCUCUAGCAAUGACACUGAAAUCCUUGACGAAGGGCAACCUAACUUGCUAGAAAAAAGAGACUCGAAGUCCAUAUCUAAGGAUUCAAGAGCUCAACAUGUCAACUUCUGGGCCGAUUUAGAAGGGCGAGAGGCGGGCUAUAAUAACAAAGGAAAUGAAGAGUAUGAAGCAGAGAAAAAAGCAAAACUAAAUAAGUUUGAACGAAAGUCGGGCAUGUUUCUUGAUAAUGUCAAAGGAAAAGAACCAUGGUUGCUUCCUACGUAUUCUCAAGGGGACAUCAGCAAAAAAGAUCGAGACCAUAAUUUCAGCAAAGUUCGAGAGGAUCCUAUGAGUGCAAUGAAAUCAAUGCUGGGAAAGCGAGACGAGCAACGUCUGAAGAAGUACAAGUCAUCAUCGUCACCGCAUAAGUCAGAAACGAAGCGUUUACAGAAAGGAGACGAGCCAUUGCAGCCAGUCCACAAAGAGAAAGAGCUGAGCACGAUCGAGAAACUGAGGAAGGAGCGUUUGGAAAGAGAACAAGCAGAGCAAACAAAAGUUCACAAACUAUUGAAUCCAGACUAUGUAGACCCACAAAAAAGCCAUGGAUCUGUCGGUGCAUAUAGCCAACAGUUUAAUCCAGAGGCAACCAACCUUGCACACUCAUCCUCUGUUUCCAUUAAACGGCAAGAGCGCAAUCAUGAUCACUAUCAUGGUCGAGCGUAUAGUAAUAACGGAAGCGGUGGAGGCCUGAGGCAUGACGAAUAUCCUCCAAGGGAUAUCCGCGAUCGCUAUUCACGCCCACGUCGGUAUUAG